AUGCUAGCAGAAAUGAAUCUUCUACAUCAUUACCACAGACCGAUUGCACAAUCUAAUUGUCGUCCUGUGGUGAUUCUGGCGAUAGUUCUUCGGCUCUCCCCCACGAGAACCGGAGCAGGAAUUGCAAGAAGAAUAUAUACCCGAUUCCCUCCGUCCCGAGCUCAAAUCUUGUUUUCCCCCAUCUGCUUGAUCGCCUCGCCUCCCUCGUUUCUUCGUCUCGCGCGACUCGGCCAGGGGGAUCCGGCGCGGAGAGGAAUGACAUCGCCGAUGUCCGGAGACGCACGCACGCCGCCCCGUGGGGCGGCGCCUUACGCUCUGUACCAGUUCGGCACCAGCGGCGCCGCCGUCGCCGUCGCCACCGCCGUCACGCAUCCGCUCGACGUUAUCAAAAUUAGACUCCAAAUGCAGCUUGCUGGGCAAAGAGGAAACUUAGUUGGAAUGGGGGCAAUAUUUACACAAAUGGUAGAAAGGGAAGGGCCUCGAUCACUCUAUCUGGGAUUUGCACCAGCAUUGACUAGAUCCCUCAUCUAUGGUGGCCUUCGAUUAGGAUUGUAUGAGCCCUGCAAACAUGUCUGCAGCUACGCAUUUGGUUCAACAAACUUUGCUUUUAAAUUUGCAUCCGGAGUAGUUGCUGGUGCCCUAGCAACUGCAUUGACAAACCCGAUGGAGGUUUUAAAGGUGAGAUCACAGAUGAGUACAAGCAGAAUUAGUACAAUUGGAGUGACGAGGGAAAUUGUAUCAGAGGAAGGAGUCAAAGCGCUUUGGAAAGGAGUUGGCCCAGCUAUGGUGAGAGCAGGCUGCCUCACGGCAUCACAAAUGGCAACUUAUGAUGAGGCCAAACAGGUCUUGCUGAUGUGGACACCACUUGAAGAAGGUCGAGCUGCAUCGCUGGAACAGCUGGUACACUUGUGA